CAAAACAGAAGCAGAUGUUUGGAUCAUGAUAAUGAUACCUUCCCCCGCGAUAGCAUGGUCACGCCGUUGAGUUAAUGCGCAGCCUAGAACAGUUUUUUCUUUCGUAAACAAUGGAAAUCAAAUACGAUGAAAAGAAGUGGAAUGCGUCCAACACCAGGAUGCUACUUACCCUCUACAGCGAGCGACAGGCGGAUUUUCGAAAUCCGAAAAGAAAGAUCAAGGACGUCUGGGGGGAAAUGGUCGUAGCCCUGCAGAGCCAGGGGAUGACGGAUAUAGACGCCACUCAGCUCGACCGGAAGUUCAGGAACCUGAAGAAGACCUACUACUGCAUAAGGAACAAGCACUUGGCGAAGGGACCGCAGUACCAUCCCAACUGGCAGUUCUACGACGAAAUGACAGAGCUUCUGAGGGACGAGCCCGUGCCGUGGACGCAGGACCUGACCGUGGAUGACUACUCGGCGAUGCACACGUUCCUGCGCGAUGAUGACCAGUACAAUCCGGUCAAUGACAUGGAGAACGGCACGAUGCUGUCCAUCGGCACCACUGUCAGCACAGUCGUUCCCCGCCCGCAGAGGCGUCCGUAUCGCAAACGAAAGUUGGCAAUGGGUCACGCUGACUCCGGACACGAAAAUGGUAGCCAAGGCCCAACGCAACCGACCAGGAGAGCGGAUCCGGUCACGGUCUUCAAUGCCGCAGAGCCGGAGCCGAAAAAAUCCAAAAAAAUAAUUGUACUAUAACAUUUCGUUCAACUGAUGUAGUUUCUUUACAUUGAUUGUCAUUUAUUUGAAACACAACACUGUGCAAAUGGUUUUGGAAAAUAUUCCUUAUUUAAACAUCAA